AUGGCCAUGCCCCUGCGUUUCUCUGCCCAGGCGCCUUCAUCCCGCUUGGAGGAAAUAGUACCCACAUCAGACCGGAUUGAAGAGCUGUCAGACUCCGAGCUUGGGAGUGAAUACGAAGAUAUGGGUACUGCGACUGUGGAAGAGCAGGCAAACAUUGUUUAUUUGGAUAGCAUCAGGAUACCGAUCAAAGAUACUUUGGAGACAGCAACAUCUGAAGUGGACGAGGAGACGGCAAGACUCAUUCUUCCGUACUUGGAGGGCAAUCCAAAUGACUUCGAUCUCAACGCUUUUGGUAUACCGAAGCUCCAGCGACAAAGGCAUGAAGCCAUGUUGAAGAAAAUCCUUGGAGAUUACCCAUCAGGUGCUGCUGCAAUGGACGCUGCACGACCUUGGCUCGUGUACUGGGCUCUACAAAGCAUGACUGCACUGGGUCAAGACAUUUCUAGUUAUCACAAAAGAAUAGCACACACUUUCUCUCUGGUCCAACAUCCAGACGGAGGGUUCGGAGGCGGUUAUGGCCAGUAUGCUCACCUUGCCUGCUCAUACGCCGCAACACUGUCACUUGCGAUAGCCGGUGGGAAAGAUUCUUACGAUGUCAUCAACCGCAAGACGCUAUGGCACUAUUUGGGACGGAUGAAGCAAGCAGACGGAGGCUUCACCAUGUGCCUAGGCGGCGAGGAAGAUAUCCGCGGCGCCUACUGCGCCAUGGUCAUCCUAUCACUUACCAACCUCCCCAUGGAACUCCCACCAGACGCCCCAGCAAGAAAACACGGCCUCACCAGCUUUACAGAUGGGCUUGGCGAAUGGGUCUCGAAAUGCCAGUCCUGGGACGGCGGCAUCUCAGCCGAGCCCGGAAACGAAGCCCAUGGCGCCUAUGCCUUCUGCGGCCUAGCCUGUCUCUCAAUUCUCGGACCACCCAAAGAGACACUGCACAAAUACCUCAACAUCGACAUGUUGAUCUACUGGCUAUCUUCUCGACAAUGCACUCCCGAAGGUGGCUACAAUGGGCGAACCAACAAGCUCGUCGACGGCUGCUACUCUCAUUGGGUCGGAGGCUGCUGGUCCAUUGUCGAAGCAGUAACAACAUCCGGUCUCUGGAACCGACCUGCACUAGGCCGCUACAUCCUCGCCGCCUGCCAAGAGAAGAAAGGUGGUCUAAAGGAUAAACCCGGAAAGAGUUCUGACGCCUACCACACAUGCUACAACCUCGCCGGCCUCAGUGCCGCACAGUACAAAUACGCUUUCGACGAAAACGUAAACAAGAACCUAGGCGCUACCAACUUUGGAGCCCCAUACCACUGGAAGUCCGAGGGCCGGUACGAAGAUGAUAAGAUCGUCUGGGACGAUGGUGAUAUAGUCAAGCCUGUGCAUCCAAUCUUUGUUAUUCCUUUCAUGUCAGUGUAUGAGAUGCGCAAGUAUUUUGAAGAUAAAGAGGGAUUUUAAGGUACAUCACACUUCUUCUAGCUAGUUGGGCCAUGAUUUUGCGAAAAAGAAAAAUGCUUAUUACA